CCGGCUGCCUGGGCCCUCCUCUCCCCUCCCUGGGGCCCUCACGCUCCGAGGGCGUGCGCUUUGCUUUUCCAGGGAGGCGUUAACCUCGCCCGUGGGCGCUCCACCGGCAGCAGUGUCCGGAAGGAGUUUGGGUGCUCAUAGCCUUAAUUUUCAUGACACAUCUUGACGACAGUAUAUGCCAAAGAUAUAUAAGGAUGAUAACUAAUGUAGUUAUAUUGAGCCUGAUCAUUUGCAUUUCUUUAGCUUUCUGGAUUAUGUCAAUGACUGCAAGCACCUAUUAUGGUAAUUUACGGCCUAUUUCUCCUUGGCGUUGGCUGUUUUCUGUCAUUGUUCCUGUUUUGAUUGUCUCUAAUGGCUUUAAAAAGAAAAGCCUAGAUCACAGUGGGGCUUUAGGAGGGCUGGUGGUUGGAUUUAUCCUAACCAUUGCAAAUUUCAGCUUUUUUACCUCUUUGCUGAUGUUUUUCCUUUCUUCUUCGAAACUCACUAAAUGGAAGGGAGAAAUAAAAAAGCGUCUGGAUUCAGAAUAUAAGGAAGGUGGGCAAAGGAAUUGGGUUCAGGUGUUCUGUAACGGAGCUGUGCCCACAGAGCUGGCACUGCUGUACAUGAUAGAAAAUGGCCCUGGGGAAAUCCCAAUCGAUUUUUCCAAGCAGUACACUGCUUCCUGGAUGUGCUUGUCUCUCUUGGCUGCACUGGCCUGCUCUGCUGGAGACACAUGGGCUUCCGAAGUUGGCACAGUUCUGAGUAAAAGCCCACCAAGGCUGAUAACAACCUGGGAUAAAGUUCCAGUUGGGACCAACGGAGGGGUUACAAUGGUGGGCCUUGCCUCCAGUCUCCUUGGAGGUACCUUCGUUGGCAUCGCAUACUUCCUCACACAGUUGGUUUUUGUGAAUGAUUUAGACAUUUCUGCACCCCAGUGGCCAAUUAUUGUAUUUGGGGGUCUAGCUGGAUUACUAGGAUCAAUUGUAGACUCAUAUUUAGGGGCUACAAUGCAAUUUACUGGUUUGGAUGAAAGCACUGGCAUGGUGGUCAACAGGCCAACGAAUGAGGCAAAGCACAUAGCAGGGAAACCCAUUCUUGAUAAUAAUGCUGUGAAUCUGUUUUCUUCUGUCGUUAUUGCCCUUUUGUUACCAACAGUGGCUUGGGGUUUUUGGCCCAGGGAGUGAACUUUAUUUCAUAUCCAUAGGUUGAAACUGAUGAGUUCAGCUAAAUUUGCGAUUCCAUCUUUCAUCCUAAGAAUAAUAAUUGUAAUGGCAAAGCAGAAAUGCCUCCCAUAUUCCAUUGUUAUGGAAUUCCACAUUUUUCUCUCAUCUCCCUUGUAACAGCUAACAUCCUUCUAGUGAAAGAGUUCAUAGAACUUAAGAAUAUUUUUCUUCUGCUGAAUGGAGGUUCUUGAACAAUGAUGCUAUAUUGUCCCUAUAUAUUGCUAUAUAUUGAACUGAAAAUGUCUACAUAGUAGUCGAUGUCAAGUUUUAUUUUGCUUUGUUUUGUUUGUUUAAAACAGUGUAGGGACUAAAAAUGAUGAUAUUUUAAAACAGUUUUCAGUGGAGGCAGAGAAUGCCACUGUGCCAGUUACCCAAAUGUUAUAUCUGUUUCAAAUGGUUUAAGCUGAUGUGUGUGGAAGUCUAAAUAAGGUAUAGUAUCCUGGAUUUCUCCCAUUAUCUUCCCUUUCACCAUUGUGAAAAGUGUGGAGAUUGGUCCGUAGUGAGUUGUGUGGCCUACUCCACAUUGGUUCUUCCUCAGGGUUAGUAAUUUUUAAAAAAAUAGUAAAUGUUUUUUUCAUGUACCCAUUAGAAAGCAUGAAAAAACAUAUUUUUAACUAAAAGCAAAAGAAAUUGAUCUUAUAUCUAAAAAUGUGCACCUUACUAUAUAUUUCAGUUGCUCUCUGAACAGAGACUAUCUUGAAUUCAAUAUUUUUAAUAUAUUUUCUAGCUUUCUUUGAAAUAUAUGCAGGAAUCUAGGCUGGUUGGUUAGCUCACUUGGUUAGAGUGCAGCCUUGUAACCCCAAGGUCACAGGUUCAUAUCCCCAUAACAGCCAUCCACAAAAAAAAAAAAGAAAUAUGUACAGGAAUCUGGUUUAGCACUGGCAUUUUGAACAGUUAAAGAGUCAAGGAAAAAUUAUUGUUUUUUUUAAUUUGCUGUCAUAUGUUGCUUGAAAAUGCUGUGAUUUCCUACUGUGUACUUUCUAAGUUAUGCUCUCCUUUACAUUGUAGCCUCAACUACAGUGAAUUCUGCUUUUCAAUUUUUUUCUUCACCAUGACUUACUGUGUGCUAAAGGAGUUUUGACAUGGUAUGGCUUAUUUUGCUAAAAAAGUAUUCUUAAGUAUUUUCUAUGUGAUUUUCUUACCUUUUUCCCCCCUGCUCCUUUUACAUUCUUUUUUUUUUUUUUUUUUUUUUGUCUUUUUUUGUGACCGGUAAGGGGAUCGCAACCCUUGGCUUGGUGUUGCCCGCACCGUGCUCAGCCAAUGAGUGCACUGGCCAUUCCUAUAUAGGAUCCGAACCCGCGGCAGGAGCGCCGCUGUGCUCCCAAGUGCUGCACUCUCCCGAGUGCGCCAUGGGGCCGGCCCCUUUUACAUUCUUAAAUUGAGGAAGAAGUCCCUGAAUACGCCACCACCAGAGUGGAUAAAACUUAGAAUUUUUUAUUAGUGACACUAUCAUAGUGACAAUCUAGAGCUGACUGAGUUCAGUUAAGAAAACAAAAUAGUUUAUAUCCUUAUUCCUUAAACUGAUGAAAUCAGUAGGUUGUAACCAUUAGUUUUUAACUUUGGGUGUACAUUAGAAGCACCUAGGUGUGUUUUAAAAAAUAUACUCGUGUCUGGGCUUCACAUCCCGAAAUUCUGAUUUACCAGAUCUGGAGUACAGCUUGGGUAUUGAGACAUUGCAAUGCUCUGGCUGCACAUUAGAAUAAUGUAGGGAGUUUUAAAACACUUGCCAAGGCCUCUUUCUAGAUCAGGCAUAGCAGAAUGUCUGAAUGUGAGGCCCAUGCAUGGGUGUUUUUAGAAAGCUCUCUGGGAAAUUCUAAUGUUUAACCACUGAUGAGAUUCUAAUGUUGAGAACCCAUUGAAUAAGAAUAUCCUAAAGCACUAUAUCUAAAAGAAGUUUCAAAAGAAUGGGACUUUUCAUUUUUAAGGAGACAACUAUCAGCAGCAGCGUUAUAUGCUGUCUUUGUGGAUUAAUAGCUUCUGGUAAUUAUACAGUGUAUUAAAGAUGCAUCACUUAGUAAAUCAUUACUGUGUCAAUUUUUGUGCAGCCUACACUUUGCUCUAACAUGCCUUUUCUCUUUUCCUGGAGACUCAUCCUCAUGACACAGUAGGAGACAAAAAUAUUUCUUGUAAUCAUCUUUGGAUUUGGUUGAAUCAUCGUAUCAUUAUGUGUUGGGGAAAUAUUGCUUUAUAAUCAUUUAUUUGAAAACUUAAGGCUAGUUGUGUUUUAGAAUCAAAAUUUUUCAGACUUUAGAAAACUCAUAGGGCUUAUAUAAAAUAUUUCACUCAAAACCAUUAAAAAAGUCUGGAGUAGGACUUCAUUGUCAAAUUGUGAGUAUGAUAACAAAAAACUAUAAAGAGCCUUAGAUAGGUCAGGUCAGGUUUUGUCACCAAACUUAUGAACAAGUUUUCUGAUUUCAUAUCUUUUGGAUAUAAGAAUAUAAGAUAAAGAAUUAUGGCUCUGUUUGGGGUUUUUUUUUUUUUUUUUUUGGUUUUGUCUUUUUUUUAAUCUUAGCUAUAUUUUACUGUAACAUCUUUUGUAAUUGGGUAUUUAACUAAUUCAACCUUUUCCUCUUUGCUGAGUGAGCAGUUUAUGUUAAAAACACUUUUCAUAGAAAGAGCUCCAUGCAACAGUAAAAUAAAAUAAUGUGUGCUGCCUACCUAGGGAGCAUACAAGUGGAUAUACUAUUUCUUAUAUUGUUACACAGUAGAGGAGAGCAAAGUGUAUGUGGUUCAGGACAGCUCCUGAAGGAGACUUCAAGGAGUAGCAUGUUGAAGACACAUCAGAUGGGGCCAUCAGGAGAGCAGAAAUUGACACAGCAGGUCAUUCCAUUCUUAGCUUUCCUCACUACUUGGAUUAUCUAUGCCUCAUAUCUUUCGUGUUUCUACCUGCUAUGUAUGUAGCAUGCUGGCUGCAGAAAUGCCAACCCCACCCCAAUUAGAUAAAGGCCUAGUAUAGAGAAAAAUCAUGUGAAAUGAGAUUUUUUAAACUUUGUAGCAUGCCUGUAAUAUGAACAGCUGCUGCCUGUUAUGCAUGGUGAGUAUACUUAGGCCCAAUCUUCUGAUCUUCCUGAUACUCCCAGUGUCAUCACAAUGAGAAUGAACUAUACUAGCCUCCAAGUCUCAGGUGAAUUAAGUGUACUUUAAAAAUGAAAACACAUUUAUGCAGUUUAAUUAUUUAAUCUCCUUAUGGAGUAUCUGUUGCUGUAACUGAAUAUUUUAAAAAUAAAUAAGUGUUCAAUAUGUGUUUGUUGAAUUUAGUUAUUUGACUCUAAAGGGUGUUUAAGAUCCUUAAGAGUCACUGAAAUUUGAUAAUCAGGAACAUAUUCCUGGAGGAAAAUAAAAAAAUAAAAACCAGUUUGGCUACCUUAAUUUCUGAGCACUGUGAUAACUCCAACAUUUCUCAAUCAUAUGAAACAAUAGUUUUGAAACAACCGAGUCGGGAAAUUAUUGUAUCAGUGAAGGAGUAGUGGCACAACAAGGCUCCUAAAACUAUUUUCCCUGCCAAAACCAAACGUUAAUUCUCUUCCAUCUGUCAUAACGGCCCCCUUUAAAAUUUAUUUUAUAGAUGUGGCAACUUUUUUUAUGUUUGAAUUUUUUGUUUUUUAUUAAUGCUUAAUUGCUUAAGUAAUACAUUGAAUGUAUUCUUUUUAAAAAAUUAGAAUAUUGGAGAUAAAGCUAAAAUAUUCUUUUGCUCCCACUACCCUCUCAACAACCCUGGCCUCCUGUCUUCACCAAGGUAAUUACUGAUAGAAAUUUGGGAUAUUUUUACAUAAUAUUUGUCUUGGUAUAUUUUAGUACACACUUUUUUAAUCAAUAAAAUUGUUAUAAUUAGUACUGUCUUUUUGUUGCUUCAGGUCAGAUGCUUACAUCCAAGAAAAAUCUAGGGAAAAAGAUUAAAAGGAUAUAUAGUAUACCAAAAUAUUAAUGUGCUAUCUGACAAGAUUACAGAUGUUUUUAACUUUUGUUGAAAAAAUUUAAGUAUAUGAAUUAUAUCUCAAUAAAGCUAUUAAAAUGUAAAUACAAAACUAGUUUUAAGUGUUUUUCUAGAAAGUCUACAAUUGAAUGUGUUUCUUCUGUGAAUCAAAAAAAUGCUCAGACAAAAUAAUCUCUGGGAAUUACCCCUUUUUCCCAUUCACCCUUCCCCAUAUUAUUGUUUUAAUGGUAUUCUUUCUCUUUAUAAAUUAUCACAUUAGCAACGAACUAAGAGUAAAAUGGAAUUUUAGUGUAACAUAAUGAAAAGUAACAGUGGAUAUUCAAAGGAAUAUUUGAAGGCAUUUUCAGAUUGUUGCAGAAAUUAAAGAAAGUAUCACAAAUCUUCAUGCCCUUGUAGUGAAUCUUGUUUCAGACUGGAUUUUUGCUGAUUUUUUAAAUUCUUCUCAUCUUGCUUAGCUAUUUGGAAUUAUACGUGGCAAACACCUUAUUGCAUGUCACAAUUCUCAACAUGUUGUCAUAGAAUUCUAGAACAAAGAACCGUAAGGAAACUUCUCAGCUCAUUGCCCAGAUUUGAAGCUAAAAAAUACGUAUAUCAUCUCUUAUGAGUGAGUAUAAUCCUUUUUAAUUCUUUUAUGCUUCCUCACCUUUGCAUACACUGUCCACUAUGCCUGGAAAUUACUUCCUCCUCUCCUCAUUGAUCCCUAAAAAACCAGCUCAGUGGUACUUCUUCUGACAAGCUUUUCCAGACCCUCUCAGGCUGAGUUAAUAUCUCCAUUACACAUUCUAUACUUUAUAGCAGUUAUCACACAAUGAACAUUUGUUGAAAAAUACCCUCAAUGUAUUUAUUAACCUGUUUCUUUAAACUGUUAAUCUCCGUAUUGCAAAGACACUAGCCAGUGCAGAAAAGGCUCUAAACUUUUCUUUAGAACUAAAUAUGGUUUUAAGUUCAUUCAUGGGCCAGAAUAAUAAUAGCAAUUCUAUUAUUUCCUCUUGAUCUCAUCAAGCUACACUUUGUUUUUGUUUUAUUUAUUUAUUUAUUUAUUUAUUUAUUUUGGCAGCUGGCCUGUAUGUGGAUCCAAACCCUUGACCUUGAUAUUGUAAUACCACACCAACCAACUGAGCUAACCAACUGAGCUAGCCCCAAGCCACACUUUUUAAAAUGAUAAUACCAUCUAGGAUUAUCAGAGAAUAAAUGCAUUAGAAACUGUAUGCUGUGUACAGGUUCCCACAUUUCUGUUGUGAUCAUCUAUGUAUUGUUGCAUGUAGUACUCAAUUAUAAAAUAAAAA